AUGAGCAUGGCUACCCUGUCGGCAAAAAGCGCGGUGUCGGGCGCGCAAAGCAACAUCAGCGCGCGCGCCGCCACUGGAGGGAGCACCACCGCGAUCAAGGCGUAUCCGGCCACACAGCUGGGUCGCUCAUCAAGCCGGCGCUCGUUUACUGUGUCAAGGGGAGCUGAGAAGCGGGCUCCCGUUAACAAGUCAGUCAGGUGCAUCGGGGUCGCGCCCCUUGGCGGGGGGCUCGGAGCACUCCCUCAGCAGCCGGCGGUCCCUCAAUUGGGUGCUUCCCCGCAGCAGUUCACCCAGGGGCUUCCAGUCUCAAGCCCAGUGCCACAAGGCCUCCCCACUCCAAAUGGACUUGGCGGGCAAGCGACCGGGCUCCUUCCCACCGUGGAGAGAGUGGUUGGAGUCGGCGGCGCACCGGGAGUUUCCGGGGCGGGUGGCCUAGGUGGCGGACAGGCAUCUGGGCUCCUGCCGACCGUGGAGCGCGUCGUUGGUGUCGGAGGGCAGCCGGAUCAGUCGGGCCAACAAGGCUACGCCCAGCAGCCCGGUGCUUACCAAGGCCAGAGCUCCUACGGCAACGGCCAGGUUCAGCAGACGACAGAUCCCUACUAUGGGCAAAACGCGAACUAUGGAGUAGCCCAAGCGCCUGGAAACCAAGCCGGUGGGCUCCUUCCGACGGUGGAGAAUAUCCUGGGCGUUGGAGGCCAGCAGGGAGGGCUCGGAGGCGUUGCAGGUGGGCUGCCAGGUGGCGUCGGGAGUGCCGUCCCCGGGGGAGCCCUCCCUGGAGGUCUUCCUGGAGGUGUAGGGCAGCAACAAGAUUAUGGUAACCAGUCCGGCGGUAGUCCGGCUACCGGCCUGCUCCCCACCGUCGAGAGAGUGGUGGGCGUUGGGGGCGACCAAGGUGGGCUUCCAGGAGGUGUCGGAUCUGCCAUUCCGGGGGGUGCCCUUCCUGGAGGCGCGGGCCAGCAACAAGGUUAUGGCAACCAGCAGCAAGGCGGUAGCCAGCAGUCCGGCCUUCUCCCCACCGUUGAAAGAGUGUUGGGCGUUGGGGAACAGCAAGGGCAGCAGGGAGGCUUGGCAGGUGGGCUGCCAGGUGGUGUUGGUUCAGCCAUUCCUGGGGGCGCCCUUCCUGGAGGCGCAGGGCAACAGCAAGGUUACGGUAACCAGCAGGGUGGUAACGGGCAGCAAUCCGGCCUUCUCCCCACCGUCGAAAGAGUGGUCGGCGUUGGUGGGCAGCAGGGAGGUGUAGCAGGUGGGCUGCCGGGUGGUGUCGGGUCUGCCCUCCCUGGAGGCGCUGGACAGCAACAAGGUUAUGGCAACCAGCAAUCCGGCGGUGGCCAGCAGUCUGGCCUCCUCCCCACUGUUGAGAGAGUGGUCGGCGUCGGAGGACAGGGAGGCUUGGCAGGUGGGCUGCCCGCUGGUGCAGGGUCUGCCGUCCCUGGAGGAGCACUCCCCGGAGGCCUUCCUGGAGGAGUGGGGCAGCAACAAGGUUACGGCAACCAGCAGCAAGGCGGCAGCCAGCAGUCCGGCCUUCUCCCCACCGUCGAGAGAGUAGUGGGCGUCGGGGGACAGCAGGGAGGUGUGGCAGGUGGGCUGCCGGGUGGUGUCGGGUCGGCCAUCCCGGGGGGAGCACUUCCUGGAGGCGCAGGACAGCAACAAGGUUAUGGCAACCAGCAGCAGGGGGGUGGCCAGCAGUCCGGCCUUCUCCCCACUGUCGAGAGAGUGGUGGGCGUUGGGGGACAGGGAGGUCUGGCAGGUGGGCUGCCGGGUGGUGUCGGAUCUGCCAUCCCUGGGGGCGCAGGACAGCAACAAGGUUACGGCAACCAGCAGUCCGGCGGUGGCCAGCAGUCCGGCCUUCUCCCCACGGUUGAAAGGGUUGUAGGCGUCGGGGGACAGCAAGGUCAACACGGCGGUAUGGCAGGCGGGCUCAUGCCGGGAGGUGCCGGGUCGUACCCCGGGUCGCGACCUGGAGAGCAACAGAAUGGUUACGGUGGCCAGUAUGGCGGUAACCAGCAGUCGGGCCUUCUCCCCACCGUUGAAAGAGUGGUGGGAGUUGGUGGGCAGCAGGGUGGGCUGCCUGGAGGCGUCGGUUCCGGUCUUCCGGGCGGCGUUGGUGGGCAGCAGGGAGGACUUUUGCCAACCGUCGAGAACAUUCUCGGCGUCGGCCAGCAGCCGGGUCGGGGCCAAAGCCAGGGUUACGGCCAGGGUUACGGUCAAAGCCAGGGUUACGGCCAGAGUUACGUCCAAGGUUACGGCCAGAGCCAAAUCCAGGGUUACGGCCAGGCCCAAGGCCAGGGCCAGGGUUUCGCCGGUGGAAUGGCAGGCGGCCGUCCCACCGGUCUCCUGCCGACCGUGGAAAAUAUUCUGGGCGUCGGGCAGAGCCAGGGCCAGGGCGUUGCCGGCGGUUAUCAGGGCGGCUACCAACAAGGCGCCUACCAGCAGGGCGGUUUCCAGCAGGGCGGCCAGCAGCAAGCUUCUAACCAAAGGGGUCCUGUCUACCAGCCGGGCGUUUACCAGCCUGGGCCCUUCCAACCGGGCACCGGUCAGCCGCCGGCCGUUGCCGGAAACGGGCGCCCAACCCCGACCCCGCUUCCUGCUCCGUUAACCGACACCAAUGCGACCACUGGCACGCACAGCUGGACCACUGGGAGCUAUGAGGAGGGCACUGCGCAGGUGCACCACCACGUGAUCAACAUCCACAUGUGCGCUGAUGGGCGGGUGGUCCCAUCGACAGGAUUGACGAGUGUCACCGGUGUAACCGGUCGGCCGGUCGUUCGCGUGAGGCUCCCGACCAGCGGGGCUUUCUUGCACGUGGAGGCGCAGACGGCCGAAGAGGUCUCCCAGUACUUCUUUUCCCUGGGGCUCGGCAGCGGGGCGCUCCAAUCGUCGAACAGCGUCGGGCUGCUGCAACCGGGCACUACGUUGACCCAUGGCGCGGAGUAUGUCUACAUCUCAAGCAACCUCUCAGGUUUUGGCUCCUCGACUUCCGGAGGAUGGAACACAACUUCCGGGGGAUGGAACAAUGGUGGCGUGGGCACCCUUACUCAGGCGCGUCCGAUGAUCGCCCCUGGAUUUGGAAGCUUCGGCGGUCAAUUCAACCAAGGCGGUCAAUUCAACCAGGAGCAGUUCAACCAGGGUCAAUUCAGCCAGGGACAGUUCAACCAGUUUGGACAGGGCGGCGAGGGUUCCGUGAUUACCGGCGGUGCUGUAGGCGGAGCGGCGUUCAUCAUCGUUCAGAGUGCCAACGGCAUCGAGACGAUCCGCGUCCCGCAGCAGACCGUCGGCUCGGCCCUGGCUUACCUACGUCAGCUCGGGUUCGGCGAGGGCGUGCUCCUGGGCGUCGACGGAGCGCAGCUGACGUCACAGAGCAUCCUGAGUAGUGGCGGACAGUACUUCUUCCGCACCCAGACUGAUUUCAACUCAUGGGGCUCGGGAGUAGCUACGGGGAGCAGCAGCGGAUUCGUCACUUCCGGCCAGCAGGGCUUUGGUUCCGUCCAGCAGGGCUUCGUCGGCCAGCAAGGCUUCGGUUCCGGCCAGCAAGGUUUCGGAUCCGGCCAGCAGACCGGCAAUUUCACUUCCGGCCAGCAAGGCUUUGGUUCCGGCCAGCAGACCGGAAUCACUUCCGGUCAGCAUGGCUUCGGUUCCGGCCAGCAGACCGGUUUUGGUUUCGGCCAGCAAGGCUUCACUUCUGGUCAGCAGAGCGGCUUCACUUCCGGCCAGAGCGGCUUCGGUUCCGGCCAGCAGACUGCCUCCAUUACGUAUCCUGCACCAGGACCGUUCCAAAUCAUCCAGCUGCCCAGCCAGCCCGUGAAUGUGACUUCGUUCCAGACUGUGGGCCAGAUUCUCCAGAUCCUGGCCACACGGCCGGGCUACGGACCGGGCGUGCUUCACGCCGGUAACGGCGUCGUUCUGCAGCAGAACGAGCUGGUGCUGCCCGGGAGGGACUAUUUCUUCGUCGCCCAGUCGCACUUCUCAGCAUCCAGCUUCAACUGGUUCACGUCGGGCGGCUCCACGGGAACGGUGGGCACUUCCGGUGGCAUCGGAGGUCAGACCGGUAACCCCGCCACGACCAGCCCCGAGAUCCGCAUCACCAACCCCCGGGCCGGGGUGUCCAUGAUUGUGCGCGCGCAGACCGCGGCGGAGGCGCUGGCCACGCUCAAGCCGUUCAUGGGCGAGGGAGUGCUUCAGUUCCCCAACGGAACGCUCGUGAACCCCAACGCCUUCCUCUCGCCGGGGCUCGUGUACACCUUCGUGCCUAGCAUCCCCAGCGGUAUUGUGCCUGGAGGAGGCCAGCAGCCUGCCGGCGGUAUCGUGGGUGGAGGUCAGCAGCCUACCGGCGGUAUCGGUGCAGGUCCGACAAACGGCGCGGCGAAGGCUACCGGUCAGGUGGUACGCAUCACCGACCCCUCGGGAAAUGUUGUGGCGACCGUCGAGCCGCAGACCGCGCAACAGGCGCUGGAGUACCUGAGGCGCAGGAUCGGGGACGGAACUCUGGAGUACCGGAACGGAACCGGAUUGGCGCCCUUCACGCCUCUGACCGCUGGGAUUGACUACGUCUUCAGACCGGUCACGCAGCCAGCCGUCCGGCCUCCGGCACCGGUCACGCCACCCACAGGGAUCGCUCAGCCGCAGCCCGUUAUUCCGGCGCCCGUGUACCCGCCGCAGCCCAUUUCCCCGCCGGAGCCCGUUUCCCCGCCGGAGAACUUGGUUAUCUGCCCGCCGGCACCCCCUCGCCCCGAGCCGGUUCCAAUGCCGAUCCCGGUUAACCCGCCCGUCAACCCGGCCCCCAUUAACCCGGCGCCUGUGGCCCCGCCGACCGUUGCGGGGCCCACCCUGGAUGCAUCGGGCAACCUCCCAGCAGACACAAAGAGUCUCCUGAGGAACUGGGACUUCGAAGAGGAGAGUGACGCAGUCAAAGCAGCGUGCAAGAAUGGGGCUUACCGCGCCGGAACCUCAAGCAAGGACAUCACCUAUUGGAAAAUCACCAAAGGCGAGGUUGAGCUUAUUGGCAGCGGUUAUAUUCGUGCUGCGCACGGUGACUACUACGUGGAUGUCAACGGGUGGGGGAACGGCGGCAUCGAGCAGUCAUUUGACACCGAGCGUGGUGCCACUUACACCGUCACCUUCUCCCUCGCGGCCAACCCCGAACACGUGGGAACCGACAUCGUCCACGUGUCCGUGGGCGACGUCAGCCAGCCGUUCACCAGCACCAGGUCGCCGUUCAACAAGGCGGCGGGCCUGCCUUACCCCAUUGACUGGAAGGACAACACGUUCGUCUUCACGGCGCAAGAGUCGGUCUCGACCAUCAAGUUCGAGACGCCUUAUGCGAACAAGUCGCCGUACGGAGCUUGCAUCGACAACAUCAGGAUCGUCAAGGGUGGUGUGCCGAAUCCCCCACCCCGCAACCUCAUCAAGAACGGCGACUUUGAGGAGGUGACCACCACCAUCGCUGACCAGUCGCAGGACUACAAAGUGAUCUUAAAGGGCCAAAGUCACAUCACCCACUGGGACAUCACCAAGGACAGCGUGGAUCUCAUCCACCGCGGGCCUUGGGGCUUCGGCCAGUCUGGGGACUACUUCAUUGACCUCAACGGCAAUGGGCCCGGCGCAAUUGAGCAGACCUUUGACACCGUCCCCGGGCAGACGUACACCGUCCGCUUCGCCAUGGCGGGUCACCCCGGUCUGGGUAACAGCCGGGUCGGUCAGACCCGGCCCUUCACCGUCACGGUCGCUGACGUCACCAAGAACCUGGAGACUACCCCGGGGCGGGCCGCGACCGACAUCGACUGGAAGACCGUGACGUUCGAGUUCACCGCCAAGGAGAACACGUCGACGCUCAAGUUCGAGAGUCGGGAAACCAAGGACGCUUGGUGGGGCGCGUACAUUGACAACGUUGCAGUGACAGAGUCUGCGCUGGCUGGGAAUAUUGCGGAAGUGCGCCCGCAAGCGAGGUUCCUGUCCAGAUAGAGUGGGGAUGUCGCGGCGGUUUGAGCGGGGAUUGGGGGAUGCACGAAGUGGGCACAGCAGGGAGUUGGGAAUGUGUUGUGUGAGCUGGGAAAAGAGACGCGCUCGAAUGCGAAGGAAAAGUUUUGUAGUAGUGUGGAAGUUGUUUUUUCUCCACAUUUGGUUUGGGUUAGUGCAGCGGAUUGUGUUGCGGGUUGGCGAGAUUUGGGGGGCAGUUUUGGGUUUGGUUAUAGCUCCCAGUUUUGGAUGAACGGAGACUGUAUGAGUGAAAUAUCUGGGGUAGAUGUAUACUCCAGACGUCGUAGAGUGUUUAACUUGGGUGGGGGAUGGUUAGUUGUGAUGCGUAAUCAGUGCGGCUUUGUUGUCAGCCGGAAAACUUUGAACACGUGUACCAUACCUUCAAUUCCUGAAUACGAA